AUGAAAAUUGGUAAUUGGAUCUUGUCGUCACCAUCUGUUGGUACCCUGAGCAUUGAGAAUUGCGACGGCAUUCAUCAGCGAGUGAUUAUCAUGGAGGAUUUGCCAGGCUUUAUUGCCGAAGCAGAUAAUCAAGCGGAUAAGACAGUGCGAGCAGAAAAGACACUUGGUUCAUUUGGAAUUUCAUUUUAUACGGAUUUGCUAGUGGAUUCGUCCCGAUUGGAUUUCGUUACCGGUUGGGGUGCUCGAGGUGGUGGACGACGUGUACGUUUUGGUUUUGUGUCUAAAAAAGAUCAGCUGCAUGAAUUGGCGAAAGAAAUCUGGAACAACUACAUGAAGGAAGCGCGAUCCAAACCACGCAGCGCUUUGGUUGAAUUGCAGAAAGCUUCCUCAACUGUUAAGGAAAUAUGCAGCACAAAAGUUGCCGGGCUACCUCAGGUUGUGCUUUUGAGGCUGGAGGAAGCUCUCAAAUGCAUGCAUUUAUCUGUCGUCAGCGAUCGACUUCUGUCGACCUUCGAACUCUCGAUAUCUGGAAUUGUGGAUGCGUUACUGUCGCUAUUCAAAUCUGUUCAAGAGUGCGCUGAGGGCGAGAUUUUGGCUAUUUUCAUGAAGGUUUUCGCCGAUCAGCGCUCAUUUUGUGCUCUUGUGCGUAAAAUGGUUUCGGUACUGGACGCUACGGAAAAAUUUCCGCAGUAUCUUUAUGAUUUGCCAGGCGGCUCGUCAUUUGGCUUACAACUGCUUGGUCGUCGUAUCAGACUUAGAUUGGAACAGCUCAAUCCGAACACGUUAUUUCAAAUGAGGCUACUCAAUCGGACGGGUAGGACAAUGAAAGCGGAACCACUGGUUACAGUGAAACAGCUGAAAAGUUAUAUCCAGCAGAUGGUUGUCAAGCAGUGGUAUGAUCACCCACGCGAAACCUUCAGUUUUGUUGAACAAAUUAAAUGUGCGAAAGAGCGCGGCGUGAAAAUAUCUUUCCUUUACACCAGUGAUUUCGAUGAAAACGGCAUAAUUUAUUGGCUGGGAACAAACGGCGGCACCGUAGCUGAAUGGACAAAUCCAGCAAGUGUUUCUGUUGUUUGUGUGACAUGUUCCGAUGGAGAACGCUUACCGUAUGGGCGUCAUGAGGACAUACUAAGUCGAGAUGUAAACGCCCUCAAUUGCCACACUUCCGACGACAAGAAUGCUCAUUUCACAGUUGAUCUUGGUGUAUAUGUGUAUCCCGACACGUAUACGCUGCGUCAUGCACGUGGCUACGGACGAUCUGCGCUUCGCACUUGGCUUUUGCAGGGCUCCGUGGACGGUAACACGUGGGAUGUGCUUAUGGUACAUGAAGGCGACACGUCAUUGAGCCAUCCAGGCUCCACUGCUACAUGGCCACUUUCUUGCAAUGAAGGCAAAGGUAUUUCGCAUUAUAUCGUUUUGAUGGGCCUCUCUUUGGGAAGUCCCUAUCGGUAUAUUCGCAUUGCACAAAACGGGAAGAAUGCUAGCAAUCAAAACCAUUAUUUGUCGUUAUCAGGCUUCGAAAUAUACGGUGAUAUUGUGGAUGUUGUGGUGGGUGCCUCCAACGAUUCCUUUGUUUUAGUUUUCUUUCAAACGGUACAGUCAAAAAGUCGGAGUUACUAG